AUGGUGUACGAAAGGAGUUUAGUGUUUCUAGUUACUGGAUUGGCGAUGGUACUUUCUUGCUUCGGAUUUAUUGCUGAACGUUCAGAUAAUCCAGUAGCAUGGAACGCUGCAUCGUCCCCGGAAACAGAAGGCAAGGUUAUCCACACUUCCGGUAUGAAAACGGAAGUGACUGGUAUCGACAAGGGGUUACAAAUCUCACAAUCAGACACGAAGACGUCGACGGAAACUAUUGGACAAACGAGUCCUGAUGCUACUCGCAAAAAGAAAUUUGGUUUUAUCUUGGAAAACGUGGAAAACCGAAACGUCGUUUUGGUUGUUGCUGAAACUGGUCAGGGUUCAGAUGAUUUUUGGAAGAAUUUCAGGUCCUCGCACUCGUUUUCAAUUGAUGGACUUCUUCAGAAUUGCGACAGCACUGAUAUAAACACGGCAAGAUUUUCCAUGGAAAGUGCAUUAAUUUCCGGAAAUAAGGAUAAGAAAUGCGACUGUGAACGUUUCUUAGGGUCAAAUAUUGUAGCAUUGUUGCUCUGGGCUCGAGAUACUAAAGGAAUGACGACAGCCUCAUUAUCCAAUGCGAAUUUCACGAUUCCAACACUGUUUGAGUACGAAGAGUCAGUAACUAUACAAAGAGAAUCAGACGAGCCUGACGAGAACAGUAUGAAACUAGAAAUUCGCAAAAUUAAGCCCGAAGUUCACGGUGACUGGAAUGCGGUAGAUCUGGGGAAACCAAUUCACCGUGCUUCUCCGUUGAUUCCAUCCUCUAAUAACCGCGAAGACGACGAAACUAUGUGGAACGUGUUCGACAUGUUCUCCAAAAUAAGACUUGCAUUAUUCCGUUCCCUGCUGGAAUCUCUCGGAGGCAACAUAGCUACCCCAGAUGAAUCGAUUUCCUCGUAUAAUCCUUAUAUUCGUCGAGCAACUUUGGCAAACAUAAUUGGGAAACUGAAAUCUGUCGAAAGUGAGAAAGGUUUCGUAUUGGCUGUCACUGUACCUGCAAACGAACUCAAUUCUGUCAUGGAACUUCUACAAAGAGAAGUAUCUGAAGAAACACUUUUGGUGGUGACAGGAGUUUGCUCUCAGGACAAUCAACUAGUGCCAUUUUUCGCCCAAGGACCAGCAGAUAAGGUGCUUCGCGAGACAAAGAUAAUCUGGGAUCUACCUAUGACUAUUGGACACGCUAUUGCGAGCGGUUGUCAAGGUUCUAGCUGCAGGUUGCGUCGACAUGGUGCUCUUCCACUUCCGGUUCCUCAAAUGAACAUCGUGCCUCAUAGUAUACCCACUUUAAAGAGACCGUUCCGAGAUGCCACGGGGAAGACGAACAAUGGCAGCAAACCAGGUGCUUCAAUUUCCAAGGAUCACGAGGCGAAGAAGGUUGCAGAUUUGAAUUCAAAGGAGGGAGCAGUGAAAGACAAUGAAAGGGAUUCGAACCAGAAAAUCAGAGGGGCGAUCUCGACGUCGAAUUUAACAAAGGCGGAAAUAUUCACCACGGUUUUUGGCACCCUCGUUUCAAUAUUCACUACAUUCACCCUUGCUUCUUAAAAACACUAUUGACCUCGAUUUGCUCUUUCUUGGGAGAAAAGAGAUAUUUAGAAGUAAAUUUUGUAUUGAAACAUU